AUGGCAAGGAAGUGGCAAAGAAUGGCCAGAAUCAAAAGGAGAAAGAUCUCGCUGCCUAGAAAAAGAAUGAAGCAUAAAGUAGCAGAGAAAGGUCACUUUGUGGUGUACACCGCUGACAAAGUACGUUUUGUGGUACCAUUGACUUAUCUGAGAAACAAUAUAUUCAGAGAGUUGUUGAGGAUGUCUGAGGAACAGUUCGGCCUCCAUAUUGAUGGUCCAAUAAUAUUGCCCUGUGACGCAGCCUUCAUGGAAUAUGUCGUGUCUUUGGUUCAGAAACACUUGUCUUUGGAGCUUCAGAAUGCAUUGCAGCUUAUAGCAUCUCUUGGUUUUGGUUUUGGAUCUAACUGCCACUGUCUCACACCUAUGCCUGCAUCUCAGCCUCUCGCUGUUGUCUAA